ACCAUUAAUAGUCGCCAACUUCAUUAUUAAAAAUAAUUUUUUGACGACAUGGCAGCGUCCAUCAGAGAAAAACAGAUUGCUGCUUUGAAGCGAAUGCUGAAUCUGAAUGCAGUUCCGACAAAAGCUUCACUUGCAGAACCAGCAUGGAAGGUUCUUGUAUAUGAUCGCUUUGGCCAAGAUGUUAUAUCUCCUCUUCUGUCAGUAAAGGAGCUCAGAGAUAUGGGAGUAACACUUCACUUGUUAUUACAUUCUGAUCGAGAUCCUAUACCAGAUGUGCCGGCUGUGUAUUUCGUCCUACCAACAGAAGAAAAUGUGCAAAGAAUAUGUCAGGACUUCCAGAAUCAGACUUAUGUAACAUACUACUUGAAUUUCAUCUCAGCAAUUUCUCGCCAGAGACUAGAAGACCUUGCCAGUGCUGCUCUUCAGUGUAAUGCCGUCAGUCUUAUAUCUAAGGUUUUCGACCAGUAUUUGAAUUUUAUCACCUUGGAAGACCACUUCUUCACAGUCAGACAUCAAAACAGAGAUUCAAUAUCAUACCAUGCUAUCAAUCGAAGUGAUGUUAAAGACACAGAAAUGGAUACCAUCAUGGAUACCAUUGUUGAUAGCCUCUUUUCAUUCUUCGUUACCAUGGGAACAGUGCCUAUCAUCAGGUCUGCCAAGGGAAAUGCAGCAGAGAUGGUUGCAGAGAAACUUGACAAGAAGCUCAGAGAGAAUCUGCGUGAUGCAAGGAAUAGUCUUUUUACCACAGAUAGUGUUCAAUCUGGUCAGAUCAGUUUUCAGCGCCCUCUCUUAGUGAUCUUAGAUAGGAACAUGGAUAUGGCCACGCCUCUCCAUCAUACAUGGACAUACCAGGCAUUGUCACAUGAUGUACUGGAUUUGCAACUGAAUAGAGUGACAUUAGAAGAAACUGUACCAAUCAGUAGUCCAGGUGGAGGGCCAGGAAGAACCAGGAAAAAGGUCAAGUCUUAUGAUCUAUCCUGCACGGACAAGUUCUGGAUAGGACAAAAGGGAAAUCCAUUCCCUGAAGUAGCUGAGGCAGUGCAGAAUGAGUUAGAUAUUUACAGGGCUUCUGAAGAUGAAGUGAAGAAACUCAAAUCAGCUAUGGGACUUGAAGGGGAAGAUGAGGAGGCAAUUAGUAUGCUCUCAGACGCAACAGCUAGAUUAACUUCUGCAGUAAGCUCUCUUCCAGAAUUACUUGAGAAGAAAAGACACAUUGACAUGCACAUGAAUAUUGCCACUGCUCUUCUUGAUCAUAUAAAGGCCAGGAAACUGGAUGUGUACUUUGAACUUGAAGAAAAACUGAUGAGCAAACAGACAUUAGAUAAAUCUUUGAUGGAUGUGAUCUCAGAUCCUGAUGCUGGCUUACCAGAAGAUAAGAUGAGACUUUUCAUUAUAUUCUACAUUUGCUCUCCAUCAGUACCAGAGUCGGAAGUUGAGCAAUACAGAACAGCAUUAGAAGCAGCCGGCUGUAAUCUAGCACCAUUGGAUUAUAUCAAGAGAUGGAAAGCUUUCAGUAAGAUGGCUGCUCCACCUAGCCAGUAUGGAGGUGGAGGAACGAAGACAGUAGGAAUGUUCUCUAAACUCAUGAGUACAGGAUCCAAUUUUGUCAUGGAAGGUGUAAAGAACUUUGUGGUCAAGAAACAUAAUCUCCCUGUCACAAGAGUUGUGGAUUCUCUAAUGGAGCUGAAGUCAAAUACAGAAACGGACGAUUACAGAUAUUUUGAUCCUAAGCUUCUAAGAAUGACAGACAGUUCUUCCGUCCCCCGGACCAAGACCCCAUACCAGGAAGCCAUUGUGUUUGUAGUUGGAGGAGGAAACUAUAUAGAAUACCAGAAUCUAUUAGACUAUGUCAAGAGUAAAUCAAGCACCGGAAGCGGAGGCAAGAAGAUAACGUAUGGCUGCAGUGAAGUGCUGAAUUCUGCACAGUUUAUGAAACAGAUCACUUUACUUGGGGAGGAGCAAUGAAAGAGAUGUUUACCUUCAAAGUUUCAUUCAUAUGGAUGAUAUAAUGAAGAUAACAGACAUUGUGAAUUUAAGAUAUUUAUUGGAAAUUUGAUGCAUUCUCGCAAUCACAAUUUAAAGGCAAUAUGCCACAGCGGCUUUACCAGCACCAGUUGAAGACCUUAACUACUGAUAUAGUUGCUGUAUAUCCAGGGUGUAGCGUUUGGAUCAUGAAGUCAGAAAUCUUUUGAUACUAACAAUGAGAGCUAUGAAUAGUUUACUGCUACUCUAUACCACAUUAGACCAGAAUAUCUGCAGAGAAACGAAAUGCUUACAGGGCAAUUCCGUUAAAUAAUCAACCUUUUGUACAUACAACUUCCAUUUUUCUCAAGUUUUACUUCACUUCAUAAACUGACCAAGUGAUGGUAAUUUGAGAGCAUUACAGACUGUCAAAAGAAUCAGAGACAGACAAUUUUAUUAAGGUUUCACAUUUAUGGGGUCGGACGUAUAUAUUUUAUGGAAUUGCCCUACAGUAUGCUUCUAAGCAUUCCUGAAUUUCAACAAACUUGAGAUGAAAUGUACAUCAUUGAUUUAUGUAACUUCUGAAGGUUUCCAUGGCAAAGAAGAAUAGUGUAGUAGGUUUCACGGUACAUUCUCCUGAGGACGACAAGAACACACUUGUCGAAACGUCGAGAUUGGGUGGUCCUUUUCAGGACUGUCAAAAGAACCAGAAAUCAGAGACAGAAAAUUUUAUUAAGGUUUCACACAUAUGGGGUCGGACGUAUAUAUUUUAUGGAAUCGCCCUACAGUAUGCUUCUAAGCAUUCCUGAAUUUCAAGCAACACUUGACCAAUAUUUGCCCAUGGAAGAUACAUGGUGUACCGUGAAACCUACUACACUAUCAUUGAUUUAACCCAAAUUUGUGAUAUCUGUGAUCGUCUUAUGUGAGGAUAUUAGCAUUAAUCUCCUAUCAGGAUCUAUACAGCUACAUGGAUAUACUCUGGUAUGAAUACUCUUGAAUGCUACCAAAAGGUAGCAUUCAAGAAAUUCACUUAUUGCAGAUAGGCCUACCCUGAUUCCCUUGCAACAUACAAUUCAAUCUCAACUCAAGCAAAAAUAAAUUUUGACAAAUAUGUAGUCAUUGUGCUUAUUUUCUGUUAAAAUUCUUGUGUAUAGGUUGUUAAUCUCAUUAAUUUUGUUCUCUGAUUUUUAUGCCCCCUGUUUAUUUUACAAAGUGCGAAGUAAGAUACUAUGUUUAAUCCAAUUCUUGUUAUGAUCUUGAAGAAAAUAUUGCAUGCUAUUAUCGUAUUCAGUAUACACAGUGCACACAGACCCUUGAUCUGUUACACUCUUUGAACUGCAUAGAUUUUUUAAUGAAUGAUUUUACCUCUCUGUGGUAAUCAUAGAGUAAAGUAGAAGUAUACUAUUACCACAAAACUUGAAUUGCAGAUUUUUACAAAUUUACCCAUAUACAGUGCGUAUCAAAAAAAAGUUUACACUUUGAAAAAGCCCUGGGAAUUAAAAAAUAUACAACAUUUGGGUAAUUUUUUCACAUAUCUUGGGUUUAGGUCUCAUCUUUCCAAUGAAAGUAAAAGUUUUGACAGAAUGUUACACUUGAGUGAACACUGCCCAUUUUUGUAAAGCUCGUAGAAAUCUGUUUGCGCAGAAAUGCUCGUUUUCACGCUGUGUCAAGUGGAAAGGGCGAAAUCAAACUUACCCUGCGAAACAUUUCUCAUACAUUUCCCUUGCACUUUUAGUCAAUUAAAAUAAAACGGAUAUAUUCAAGGAUUUUGUAACAAUUUUGCCACCCUAAUUUAAAUUUUAGCACUGAGUAAGCACAACCUUGCCAGCUGGAUCCGAGGACACAACUGAAUCUGAACAAAAGUUUAUAUCAGACAUCUCCAGCAUUUUUUCACUAAGUUUUUAUCAUCUAAAGUGGGUUAACAUUUCAUUUUUCUUUUAAUACUUGUUUCUCCACACUUUUCCCAAGCUUGACAAUGAUUAACAAAAUGAAAAUCAAGCCUAAGCCAUUUCGUGUAAAUCACAGCUCAGUGUAAAGCAAAUAUCGUCACGAUGGCCUUGGUGUGUGGGGAAUGGGGUGGGGCGCAACGCACUCUUCGAAGUGUUUUGGGCAAAGAAGCAAGUUAAAAAAGGUAAAAAGAUAGCUUCAAAUCAAUUUUACUAGCUAGAUUCCACGUGUUCUUCAUGAUUAAGGUCUACUUACUUCGCAUAACUAUUUCAAAGUUCUGCGCAAAUCAUUUUUCACAAACUUUUCAAAAGUAAGUGGUGCUCACUCAAGCGGAAAUAUUUUUCAACAGUUAUAUCGUCAUUUGCUUAAAUGGAUCUGUACCAAUGUUAAAAUGUGGAAAAAAAUCAGGAUAUUACAAAUGUAUAAUUUUACAGGAUUUUUUCGAAGUGUAAACUUUUUUUUGAUACGCACUGUAUAGAUCACCUGUUCAUCAUUUUGGGUAUAUAAGAUUGUCCAGUUACGAUAAACCCAUAAUGCUUGAAUAAUAGGAAUUACCACAUUUGAUAUUCUCAGGAUGCUCAUUUGAAUUUGAAAAGGAGUGUAUCGGCAGAUACCUCUUCGUGAUAUGUUGAUCAAGUUGCCUAAGAACCCUGGUAGGUGAAUUUGUUUGGAAUUGGCAGUUCAGACAUUUUAGCAGUGGCUCAUUGGGGGAGGAGGGGGGGGGGGGACAGGCUGUUUUGUUAUGUCUAGAUGGAUCUGUAAUGUAUUUAUUGGAGACUAUUAAAAUUUACCCCUUCUAAAUUUAUGAAAUACUGGCUAUACUACCCAAUAAUGGAUGACUGCAGCUUAAACCUAUGCCAUCCUAUUAUUCAUGAAAUCAAUGCUUGCUUAAAUGAUUUAUGAAAUGUUUGUGAUCUAUUUAUUAUUUUUUAUAUGAAAUAACCUCUUGCAUUUUGUUCUCAUUAUUAAUGAUUGAAUCAAUUAGUACCAAUUAUAGUUGAUAAUAAUUUACUUAAUAAUUCAUUUUUCUAUAGAAGUUCAACUGAUCAUCGACCCAAUAUUUUUAAAGAAAAUUAACCAAAUGGAAGUCCCCUACCCCAAUAAAAGCAAUUCAUUAUCUAUUAAUCAUCUGUGUCAAUGAAAUUGAACUUUGCUCCCACUUGGUUAAGUUGAUAGCAAAUCAUUACCAUGUUAAUAAUAAUAAUGAUAAUACAAAACAUUUAUAGGGCACUUAAUACGGGCGUUUCUAAGCACGCUGUGUUGUGUAUUUAACUUUACAUGGGGAAAAAACAUGAAAUAGAACAUGUGAAUGGUUCUCCUUUGUUCACUUGGUUAUAUGUUAUAGUAAGGUUUUUUUUAUGUCAAUCGCAUUCCAUUGACAAGUUCAAGAUUCAAGCAUUUGUACACAGUUUGAUUUCUAUUAUUUUCAAUUCCCAUGUAUCCUAGCCCGAGUUAUCUUGGGCAUAGGGCACUAUGGAGUUAGAGAAGACAGUCAAACUUGCUUAUAUCACCCUCACAUAAGUUACUUUAGUCAAGAAUUUGAUUUGAAAGUUAAAGCAAUUAUUAAACAUCAGUCCCUGCACAUGGACAAAGGCCCGUAAUGCAAAUGUUUGUGAUUAAUCGCAAAAUGGAAAUGUCCAAUAAAGAUAAUUGCUGCAUGUGCAUUUCUAAUCAGACCUUUUGUUUCGAUUUUGCAUUAUAUUGCAAGCCUUUGUGUUACAUUGCCCUGUGGGAGUUUGACUGUGUAAUGUUAUGUUACCUUAGGCUUAUGACACUGAGAAGAAUAUACUUGCUGAUUUACUGUAGCUCACAAUGCUGAAGGGACAUUACAAUAUAAUAAUAAAAUAGUGAAAUAAUAGUCGACUCGGGGAUGGCUUUUCUGGAUAUAGCUUUGAACAAAACAAACCAGAUGAAAUAAGGUAUGAAGAUUUUUUUUUAUGCCUCCGCCAAAGGAGGCAUUAUGUUUUCAGUCGUCUCUACAGUACACACUGUCCAAGUAUACAUAAUGGAGUGGUGAUGAUCUGAUUAGUUAAUGGGUCAGGAGGUCAAAGUUCACAGAGCCUUUUCCAUACAUUUAAAUAUCUUUUUCAUGUGAUAACUGAAGGAUGUCUUGAGGGAUUAAUUUCAAAUUUGGCUCGGGUCUGCAUAAUGGCAUAAAAUUAUGUAAGUAGCAGUGAUCUGAUUUAAUUUGGGCAUCCCAAGGCCAAAGGUCACAAGUCAUCAUUUGAACAUGUUUAGAAGAUAGGUGUGUGAUAUAUAAUUGAUCUGACAGUCUUGGGGCAUAUAUGUUAACAGCCCGAAUUUUGCAAUCCAUCAAAUCUUCUACAUGAAGCCAUUUUGGAGGAAGGAGAGCCGACACUUCCCCCACUCGUAUCUCACUGUGACCCUUUGAUUCUCAAAAAAAAUUCUUAGCAGUUCUGAGUAGAUUCCAUAGAAAUUACAAUUUACACACAUGGUCUGGAAAUUUGUCACAUGUCUGAAAUAAAGUAUGAAUUUGUUGCUGUAAAACACAUAUUGGUGGUGAUAGUGUGCAGCAUUUGACUUUUUGAUUUUCAAUCACUUCUUUUGGGGAAGUGAUCAGUGUAAUCUGACUAUUGGAAUGGGGUAGAAGUCAAGAAGUUUUUUCAAUGUGCAUCAUAUAUAAUUAUCGACUUUAUUGUAUUUCUCUUGCUGUAUAUAGCUACUACAUGUAUAUGAAUAAAAUCUAUGUGUGAUAUCAAUAAA